AUGGCUGAGCCGGUCUCUAUCAUCGCGUCCGCGAUUACUGUCGGGGUAACAGCUGCUCAGCUUUCAUUUACACUUUUCAACGUUGCUCAGACCUUCAAGAACGCUCGAGCAGAAAUCAGCGAGAUAGCUCAUGAGCUAUCUGGGCUCUCUCAAACUCUGGAGACGCUGGGAGAUCUACUACAGGCGUAUCAACCUGUGUGCAAACCUGCACUCUUUAGGCAGGUGCUCUCUAUUCUCACUCGUUUCAAGGAAGUCGAAGAGAAGUUGAAGAAGAAACUAUACAAUCCCAGGCCCUUGAGGCGGUUGCGGUGGUUCUUUAAUGCACCGGUGGCAAAAACGCUACUCAAGAAGGUGGAGAGCAUCAAGACAUCGUUGACCCUGGUCAUUGGCCUCGUGCAGCUCGCAUCAGAAGAAAUCAAACGACAUUUCAGGGCGUCCGCUAAUGAUACGAACACACAUGAACAAGCAUCUUACGCCGCAAAUUGCAACCGGUAUCGUAAAGUGGUCGAAAGCGUUGUCCAAGCCAACAGGCUUGCGGUAGAGAAGGCGAAAGAGGACGACGAUGCACAUCCUACCGAGAAGCGACGGCACUACAACAGUAGUCUCCAGCGUUGGCAAGCAGACUCCAAUGAUACGGCUACUUGGUUAUACCACCUGGUGUUCAUGACUGGGGUUGCUGUGGCUGAUGCAGUUCCUCCAGCGCCUCCACAUACGGAGGCGGAGACAAAAUCUUCGACGGGUUCGCAUCAAGCCACUGUCGAGGAUUAUGAUACAGAAGCAUCAAAGAAUGCAGCAAGAGCUGCCGCGGUGAAAAAACAUAGAGUGGUCCAAUUUGCGCCUAGUCCCAAGGCCAUUGUAUGGAAUCAACUUACUGAACCUUCAACUGUAGUCGACAGAUUGCUUCAUACCUGGACCUUCCUGUCGGAUGCCCACGUCCAAACGAGCGGACGACUGGAGAGUGAGGAAGAAGGUCCAGAUGAACGCAUAUUGCAGCUUGAAGACAUUGUUCACAAGAUAGAAGAGAAGGUGUUGAAAGGGGAAGGAGUUGAAGGGGCAAACAAAAUCAUGCCGCAUGCUUCCGAACAGUUCUCAAACGACCCUACUGAUGAGCGUAUUGCAAAGAUGGAGCACUUGUUGCAUGAGCAGCUUGAACAGAUCCGGCAUCACUCUGCAAUUGAGGAACAAUGGAGGAACGAAAAGUUCGCCCUUGAAGCUAAAGUUACUGAGGCGGCCAAAGAGGUCAAAGAAUUGAGGGAAAAGAGCAUUGCCAAAGCUAAAGCAGCCAAAAAAGCGGCACAAAAAUCAUUAAAAUUUGUUGAAAAGACCGUUGCGGAGACGAAAUUGGAUCUAGAGAGGAAGAAGAUUGAGAGGGAUUACAAUAGUCGCCUGGAUGCCUAUGAAAGGCGACUGACCGCCUUCUUAGGUGCAGAACAGAAGACUGUGUCGCCACCGACGGUCAACGCAGCUCCUGUGCCGUCCCGUCGUACAUGCGUUUUUAAGGGAGAUUGUCGAAUUGAGGUAUCCGAGUUCUUUGAUGGUCAAUCCGCAACCUACACGCCUCACUUUGAUUUUGAUAACAUCAUGCAUUCGCAGUCUCUCUACUCCAAUGACGAUUCGUCAAACUUGCAAGCUAAGAGGUCUGGAAGCAAUUCCCAAACUUCUGGUCUCAAUGAGCAGACGCCAUCGAGGAGGCUACUUGGCGCUCCAGAUACUCAAAGGAACGAUAACAAUAACAUCCCCAGUGUGGUUACCCUACCUUCCAUUGAUUAUCCCUCUGCAAGGACAAGAGAGUUACAAGCUAGGCUGAGGACUGGCGGCUUCAUCUCGCGGUCGUCAGUUUCGAUUCCUAGUAGCAUGGACAUUGCUCCCUACGUAGACGACGCUUCGAGCGUUGGCGGAGUGCAGUGCACCAUAUGCUGGGAGCCGCCCACCGGCCCGCUGGGUAGUGACCUGAUUCGGACACUGAGGUCAAUUGGAUGGAAACCAUUCUAUGCUCGGACAUCUGAAGCGGGACACACGUACUUUGUCAGCAGCGAGCCUGUACACGUUCACUUCUUCACCCCCGACUACAAACCGCAGUUCACUGCCGCUGAGGCGAGACAAAGCGACCAUCUGCUGAUAUCGGGGGACCUCGUGGAGGAGUAUGCGCUUCUGGAGCUAGGUUUUCAGUUCGAAAAGUCAAAUACUGGAGCCUACGUCCUAGACGGGCGUCUGACAGCGGCAGGUCUCCCCACCAAUCCAGCAUGUGCCAGGCUGACCCACUGUAGCGCGAUGUUGAUGCCCUCAUUGAUCGUUCGUUCCUCAUUCGCGAAACCAGCUACCGGAGAUUGUACCGCCAGUUGCAACAAUUGCCAACACCAGAACCACUCGCAUUAG